CCGAGCCGCCAUGACUGGGGUGCUCUGCCAUCCGUAGUGGCGCCAUCUCUUGACCAUGGACGAGAGGAUCUUCCAUGAGCUGUGCGUGGAGUUCUACUCCACCUUCUCACACAUCGUCCCAUCCAGUAAAAAGAGCCGGCCACGGGUGGAGUUUAUGCUGGGAGGUCACCCACGAGUGCUGACCUAUGAUGAUUUUGCUCAGGCCAUGGGGCUCGACACCGCCCACAUGACGAUGACGGAGUGGCAGUUCAUCGUCGACUUCAACUAUCAGGGCGCAUUCCGAGCCCUCUAUUGGCCAGAGCACGACGAGUUCGAGGAUAGCCGCACCAAUGCGGUGAAGCUGAAGACCCAGUGGAGAUUCUCCACUCUCUGCUCACCAGAUCCGUCAUCCCCAGCCUCCAGUCAGGCCACUUGAUGACGAACAGAGGACUCAUUGCCCUCUACUCGAUGAGGAGUCAAGCUAAGCCGGUCCAUCUGGGAUCGUUGAUCGCCACCUCUUUCGCCCGGUUCUUGGGGCGGAAGAGACUGGACACUAUGCACAUGGGGGGCAUCAUCACGAGGAUCGCCCGACACUUCUAGGUGGAUCUGGCCCGCUUCACUAGCGUCGGAAGGAAGGAUCCCUUCCAAGUGGAGACAUUAUAUAACCAGAAGAUGAUAAUCCAGGGCGAGAGAGGAGUGGAGUGCCUUGACGGACUCCGACCCUCCAGAGUCAUCCGAGCUGCACCAGCACCGGCUCCAGUGGAGUCUGACCGCGAGGUCCACCAAUAGUAGAGCAACCACCUGCUCGUGCACCCGGCCGCUGCCGGCGCCCUGCCCAACAGCCACCACCACUAGGAGCAGACGAUCCCCUUGUCCAGAGGGUGGAUCGCCUUGAGACGAGUUUCAUGGGAUUCUCAUCCCUCCUCGAGAGGCAAUCCGACAUCCUCGAGCUCAUGGCUCGACGCCAGGGUAUCCUACCCGAUUCUGGAGAGGGUCCAUCCACCAGAGAGAGGUAGUCGACGAGUGAGACAUGUGGCAGAGCGGAGUCCUUUCGCCCCACUUCUCUACUUGUAAUCCUGAACUCAUGUUAUUUUUGUUUUUGUUAUUUUUCUUCAUUUUGUGUGUGCGUGACAUAAACUACUACUAUGUAUUGUGCUUGUAAUAACCUCGCCUCGAGCGAGUCGUAUUGUCUUUGUGUGUGUUCUUUUUGUCUCUCCUUGAAGCUCAAAUAUCCUACCCUGGUUCGAUUCCAACCUCCACUCACCAAGCCCAAGCGGUAACAUCAUUCUACCCCUUUCUUUUGCCAUUGAGGGCAAUGUCGAGUUUAAGUGUGGGGUGGGGGGGGGGGGGGGUAGUCUGCUAGCAUGCUUGUGUGAGUGUGAUAUUGCUUGGAGCCUUUUGUAUGCCUAAAUUUCAAAAAUUUGAGGGCUCCAAGCGAUGUUUGCAUGAUCAAAGUGGCUGGAUGGUGGGAAAUUCUCGUGUUUUUGUUCAUCGAUCUCAACUUGUUUCAUGUGAUCAAGUACAUCCUAUGAUGAUGACUGAGAAGUUCAUUAGGAUAGGGCAAAAGUUUAGUUCUCAUGUGUGCAUAAAUGAAUGGAUGUCUUGACUUGAUCAUUUGUUGCUAACAAUUGUCAUGCAUCGUGUUAGUGAAUUGGAAUAGAUGGUUGGGUAACUAGGUAGCCUGUGAGCUAUGAGCCGAUCGUUUUCUUCCUGUGUGAUAGUUACCUCUUACCACGGUGUGUAGCAUCACAAGUUGUCACUAGCAAGUAUGAUGGAGGCAUAGGAUGAUUCCACGCCCAAAUGUUGAUUGUCGCGAAAUGUAUCAUCCUUUAGUAAACCCCUUUGAGCCUUGUGACUUCGUGGGUCGUUCUCAAUUUAGGAGCUUCGUGCGUGUGAGCGUAAAGGUGUUAGUAGAACUACCCCCAAUCCUUUCUUUGUGUCUAAACAUGAGUCGCCCGUGUGUUCCAGAGCUCUCACCUUUGAGUCUCCAUUGAGGUUCUACAUAGGAGGUUUGUGUGCGGUUCUUGCUAGGAAUGCGAAAUGAAGUGUAGUGUUGGAG